AUGUUUAAGGCAGCAAUUCUACUUGCUCAUCAAUAUAAUAUGACAAUCGAAGGAGAAUUCAUAGGAUGGCAAGCAGAGCAAACUACUGGUGACAUAAUAGAUGCUCUGGACGUUACGUGUGAUGCAGUAUCUAUUUCAAAUGUUGUUGGUAUCGUUGGUCCAGAAUUAUCGAGAGAAGCUCAUCUAAUUGCUCCUUUUGGUAAAAAAAUUGGUAUACCUGUUAUAUCGUAUUCUGCAACUGAUCCUGAUUUAUCUGAUAAAAAUACUUAUCCUAAUUUUUAUCGUACAGUUUCUUCGGACGAUGCAGCAGCAUUGGCCCUUGUAAAACUAUUCAUUCGAUUUAAGUGGACAUCAUGUACAAUAAUUUAUCAAAAUGACGCUUUUGGACUUGGUGGAGCCACAAAAGUUAUUCGUGGUGAUUUGAAAAGCCUUUUAACUAAUGCUGCAACACGAAUUGUUGUUAUAUGGGCUGAAUCACUCUAUACAUCUAUGAUUUUGCAAGAGGGUCUUGAUUUUAAUGUAGUCGGACCAUAUUUUACAUGGAUACUCAGUGUCAGUAUUCCAUUAAAUUCUUUCAAGCAAAGGUUUCAUCAAAACUUAAUUGGAAUACUUCUGAUGAAACCAACUAUAGGAUCAGUUGUCAAUGCAUCAAUUAAUGCAACAUUAUUAAAUGCAGCAUAUAGUAUUUGGCAACAGUAUGAACCUGAAUCAUUUCCUGGAUCGAUGAAUGUAGAUUAUUAUGCAUUAUUUGCAUUUGAUGCAACAUGGGCAUUAAUUCAAUCAUUACAACAAUUGUGUGCAUCAAAAAGAAAUAGUUCUUCAUGUUUAUCAUUUGUUAAUGCUGCAGACUGUUUUGGUCAUCGUUUCAUUAAUUCGAAGUUAUUGUUAGAUGCAGUUACUAGAACAGAAUUUCUUGGUAUAUCUGGUCCUAUACAGUUUAAUGUUAAUGUAACAGAUCGAAUAACUGGUUUGUAUUAUUCUGCAAAAAAUGCUCAGCCAUCUUCGAAUGGUUUGCAUUUUGUGCCUAUAUUAGAAUAUUCUCAUCCUGGUGAUUGGAGAAUAUCUACACAAGAAAAUAUUAUUAUAUGGCCUGGUAAUACAUUAACACAACCUACUGGUAGAGCAAGUCUUCAAAAUGUAAAUUUACGAAUAGGUAUUAUUGAAUCAGAUCCAUUUACAAUAGUUGAAAAGGUCACAGAUGCAUCUGGACAAAGUACAAUAGAGUAUAAUGGCUAUGUACCGGAUCUUAUUAAACGCUUGCAAAAUAAUAUGGGAUUUAUUCCAACUAUUAAAUUAGCACCAUCAAAUCAAACAUAUAAUGAAUUAAUUCUAGCAAUAAAGAGACAAAAUAAUGAAGCAUUACAAAAUCGAUCAAUAUUGUCUCAAAUUUCAAUGAGUUUAUGGUAUAGUUUUGGUACUGUUGUUGGAUAUGGUGUAGAUUUCAGUAGCAAUACAGCUUCUGGACGUUUAUUAACUGGUGGUUUAUAUAUCUUAAGUUUAAUAUUAGUAGCAUCAUAUACUGCAAAUUUAGCAUCUGAGCUGACAAUAGCAAAAUCAAAAACUUUUAUUUCUGGAAUUGAUGAUAUUAAAAAUGGAAAAAUACCAUUUAAUCGUUUCGGUGUUGUUGUAGGUUCAUCUGAUGAAGAAUAUUAUUUGAGAGAAAUAUCUAAUAGUAUUCGAAAUUUUUAUCCAUUACAGUCUUAUGAAGAAUCAUUCGAUGAUCUACGCGCAGGUAUUAUUGACGCAUCAUUUGUGGAUAGUGGUAAUGGUGAAUAUGUCUUGAAUAAUAUAUAUUGUGAUCUAACUGCAGUCGGAGAUGGUUUUUCUAAAAGUGUAUUUGCUAUUGUUACUCCUAAGGAAUGGUUAUAUGCACAAGAUUUAGAUGUGAAUAUUCUAUCACUGAAAGAAUCAGGUGAACUUGAAAAUUUAAGAGAAAAAUGGUUUGAAGUACAGAACUGUUCCAGCUCAGAUGCAACAUCAAUUGUGAUUGGAAUUGAAGCAACAAGUGGAUUAUUUUUGGUUUUUAGAGUCAUUAGUAUUUUAUCUUUAUUAUUGUUUGCAUGGUUGAAACGACAUACUAUAAAAAAUCGUUUAUUUCAAUUAAUAUACCCAAAGAAAUAUUCACCUGAAAUACAAGACUCUAUGAAAAGACGCUCAAGAAGAACUUCUGAAAAUUCACAAAAUCAUGAAACAGCUUUGCCAACAAUUUUAUAUCUUUAA